CCUUAAGGGGGAGAAGGGGUGGGGGUGUCCUGGGAGCUAGAGGAGAUGCGUUUGCUCCCUCCGGGGAUGAGACGGCAAAGGCAGCAGAGAACCUGGGGGGUCUUGGGGGAAAACGCCCCCAUCUCAGUCUAGUCCUGCAGGCGUCUCCAGGCGCUCCAGACUGAGAAGCAGCUCCAGAUCAUCCCAAAAGGAGGAGGCAGAGAGAGGAGGGAGCGUGGGAGUCUCUUCUGGGGAAGAGGGUGCCACCCUUCAGCCCUGCCACUCUGGCCCACGUUGGCAUUUGGACAGGCAACAUGGCCCCGUGCCACGCUGAGGAAAGCCGGGCUAUUCUGCAUGCCACUUGUUAGAAGGGAGGCCGGGUUGGCGUUUCCUGCGUGCCCACACAGAAGGUGGCCUGUGCCACACCUUGCCCUCUCCUCUUGUCCUGCCAGGGUUUGGUUCCUUGCCCUGCCUGCUGAAUGCCUGCUCCAGCAACAUGAAAUCGACCUCUUGCAUCAACCUCUCCGUUUCAGAGUCCGGUGCCCCACCUCAGCGCCAGAGGCCGAGGGUCCUGCUGAAGGCACCCACGCUGGCAGAGAUGGAGGAGAUGUUUGUCUCAGAAGAAGACGACUCUCCCUGCUCAGAGGCGGCUCAGGAGCCGGGGCCCCUGAUGCCGCUGAAGCGGGACCGUUCCUUCUCCGAGCAAGACUUGGCCCAUUUUCGGGAUGAAAGUGAGGACAGCAAGCCUCACCUGGAGUACUUAAGGAGCAGCCGGUCAGACCCGAGGCCUCGCUCAGGUUCAGUUCCGGCUCGCUACCACCCUCGGGUCAGUUCGUGUCCUGGUAAACAAGACGCCUUGGGUUCCGUGCAGGAGAAUUUGGAGGCCAACCCUGUUCCGGUCACAGACACCAGUUUGAAAUAUUUGUGGCUGCAGGAGUUCAGCCACCCCGUGGAAAGCCUGGCGCUGACGGUGGAGGAAAUGAUCAACGUGCGCCGGGUGCUGGUGAAGGCGGAGAUGGAGAAGUUUCUUCACAGCAAGGAGCUCUACACCAGCCUGAAGAAAGGGAAGAGCUGCUGCUGCUGCCGGACCAAGUUUACGCUCUUCUCCUGGCCCCCCACCUGCCUCUUCUGCAAGAGGUCUGUCUGCGCUUCCUGCAGCCUGAAGAUCAAGAUGCCCUCCAAGAAGCUUGCCCACAUCCCGGUCUACGCCCUGGGCUUCGAGACGCUGCAGGGCUCUCUGGGAGCCAAGGGGCCCCCAGCCCGUCGGCAGGAGACUUUCCACUCCCUGCAGGGCACCCGCUGGCGCAGCGUGGAGGAAGAGUUCCCCUGCAUCUAUGCCCACGGGGCGGUGCUCAAGGACGUUUGCCGUGACUGCUCUGGCUUCGUCACGGACGUCGUCAGCUCCAGCCGCAAAAGCAUGGACAUUCUCAACACCAAGCCGGGCAGGAGCCGCAAAACCCAGUCCCUGUACAUCUCCUCCAGCUAGAGGCCCCUGGGACAUCCACACACACACACCCAUCUCUCCAGCUCUGCCAUCCAACCUUCGAAGGCCAGGCAGCCACAACUCUCUGGCAGAGGAAAUGCAGCUUUGGGGUCUGCUGGCUCUCAGCUUCCUUAUCCAGCCCACCCCAUCUUCCAAGGACACCUGCCUGCUGCUUGUGUUCACACACACACACACACACACACACACACACACACACACCCUUCUAGAUAACUCUAUAUUUAUACAGCGGAUAAGUUGCUUUAGCUGACCAGCAUGGCAACCCCCUUCACUGGCAAACGAGAACUUUGCUGAAACCACCCCAGCCUGGAGGUCAGCCAGAGGGAGCCUGGGCACCAGGGGUCCAGCUACGCUGGCAGGCAGGAAGGGGGCCUGCCAGGCAGAGGCCAGCUUCUUCCCUGCCGUUUUCCCCACAGGGCCUCCUCUGGAGGAGCUCUCCAGACCCCUCGCUGAUGUCUCUGAAGGAAACAUCCUUGCGGCCUUGGGCUUCCUUGCUAAGGGGGCUCUCUCACAGCCACGUGCCUGCUGCUGCUGCUGCUGCUGAACACACCUUCCGGAGCUGCUGGCUGCUCCUUGUCAUUUCUGUGGCCCCCGCUUGUCAUUUUUCUCUAGAUCAAGGAACGAGGCGGGUCUCCCGCCAAGACUACGAAAAAGGGUGACAUUUCCCUCUUAUUUUCCCUGUACAGAUUCAGGAGUGUGUCUUAUUUGUACAGCCAAUAAUAAAAUACCUAAUUUUAUAAGAA